UCCUUGACAGCGUGGAGCUGAGCACUGCAACGCGGGAGGGAUGCCUUGAGGGAUGAUGGAGUCAAGCCCCCCCCCCCCCCCAAACAUUGGGUGCAACCGUAAGCUAUCAAAAUGCUAGUGGGGAAACAACAGGAGAAAAGCAAUGGAUUUCCAGGCACAGAGUCCUGCAUGAAGAGAGGAGCUGGCUGUGAUGUGCUGUGAAUUUCCAGAUGCUCAGAGGAGCUGUGCUGCCUUCUAGAGACUAAAGAGGGGGGUGAUGAUCCGCAUCCUUGACACAGCAAACUUCACUCUCCCCUUCAGAGCAAGCCAGAAGCUGACAUAACUUUAAUUCGCAGCCCAGGACCUCAAGUGACAAGUGCUCUACAGCAUAGAGAAGCUUUGAUUGAUGCUUCACACCCUGAAGAUGGGUAGUGGCAGGUAUCUCAAACAACACUGCUGAGCAGACACAGCAGCAGAAGCCUCCACCUAGCCAGGUUCCUAAGCUGAUUGUAAGGCAGAAUUAGGACUAACACAAGGCAAUUAAAAGCAUCAGUGAUUUCCUCUUGAAACUUUGAGAGCCUUUGGAAUAUUUAUGUUACUUCAAUAGUGAAUCUUCCCAAUAAGACAGAAAUGAUUUUAACCUGCCAUUCCAAUAUUUCUUCUCGCAUAAUCCUGGAAAGUGGGAUAAACAGCCUCAGCUUUGUGUAGCCUCACUUCUGCACCUCAAUGAAAAAGCAAAAGGAGUUUAAUUUGACUUGGAAAUGGUGGCUAUUAGCUGUGCUAUAACGGUAAAAACUUGGGGAGAAAGGUAGAUUUUCUAACAUGUUUCUGGAUCCUUCUCAUCAUUCCUGGUGCUGCACUUCUAAGAUGUUCUUAAAAACUCUUUUCCCCUGCAAAGCCAAGCAAACGUUGCUCAUGGGACCUUCUGAGAACUGAUCUCACCACUCUUUCUACCUGAAAAGGGAGUGAAAUACAACAGCCUCGUAUGAACGUUAUCAACCACUCACCAUGGCUUUCCUCCCUGGAAACACCUCCGACUGCUCCAACUGCACCCACUCUGUGGGGCCUGUGAACGUUACAAAGGCCAUUUUACUAGGUGUUAUUCUAGGGGGGCUGAUUGUUUUUGGGGUUUUGGGUAAUAUUCUGGUGAUUCUUUCUGUAGCCUGCCAUAGACACCUUCACAGUGUUACCCACUAUUAUAUCAUUAACCUGGCUAUAGCUGACCUCCUCUUGACUUCCACUGUCCUGCCCUUCUCAGCUACUAUGGAGAUUUUGGGCUACUGGGUCUUUGGGAGGAUCUUCUGCAACAUCUGGGCAGCUGUUGAUGUCCUCUGCUGCACUGCUUCCAUUAUGAGCCUCUGUAUCAUCUCGAUAGACAGAUACAUCGGGGUGAGCUACCCACUGAGAUACCCAAGUAUAGUGACAGAGAAGAGGGGUCUCCUGGCAUUACUGUGUGUUUGGGCAUUGUCCCUGGUGAUAUCGAUUGGACCUCUUUUUGGCUGGAAGGAACCAGCACCAGAAGAUGAGACCAUCUGUCAAAUCACUGAGGAGCCUGGCUACGUGUUGUUCUCUGCUCUAGGCUCCUUCUACCUCCCCCUGACUAUUAUCUUGGUGAUGUAUUGCCGAGUGUAUGUAGUGGCCAAAAGGGAAAACAAAGGUCUCACUUCUGGUCUGAAGACAGAGAGAUCUCGUUCUGAAGAAGUCACCCUACGGAUCCAUCGCAAAAAUGCUCCUGAAGCAAGCGGAUCGGCAUCCAACCCCAAGAGCAAGCAUCACUUCUCAGUGCGUCUCCUCAAGUUCUCCAGGGAAAAGAAAGCUGCCAAGACCCUGGGAAUAGUGGUGGGAUGCUUCGUGCUCUGCUGGCUUCCAUUUUUUGUAGUAAUGCCUCUUGGUUCUUUCUUUCCUGCAAUCAAACCCCCGGACACACUUUUUAAAAUAACAUUUUGGCUUGGCUAUUUAAACAGCUGCAUCAACCCCAUCAUCUAUCCCUGCUCCAGUCAGGAGUUUAAGAAAGCCUUCCAAAACGUCCUGAGAGCGCAGUGCCUCCAGAGGAAGCAAGCAACAAAGAAGCAGUCCCCAAGCUUCAACCUCAACCCUGCCACUGGCCAAAGCACAGAAAGUGGCAAAGGUGUGGUCCGGAUCCCUGUUGGCUCAGGAGAAACCUUCUAUAAGAUUUCCAAGGCGGAUGGGGUCUGUGAAUGGAAGAUCUUCUCGGCUGUGCAAAGCAUGCCUGCCAAAAAUGCAGUUUCUAAAGACUGUACUGUUGCCAAAGUGAAAAGUAAAGGUUUCCUCCAGGAAUGCUGCUGUGCGGGCGCUUCAAGGAACCUUGUCCAUGAAAACUGCAAAGUGCCAACCAUUAAAAUACACACCAUGUCCCUCAGUGAAAACGGGGAGGAUGUCUAAAGGACUGAACACACCCAGCAGCACAGGCUGCCAACUUGUGUUUCUGCUAAUGGGAUGUUGCUCUUUUUACUGGGAAGUAGAAGUCAAUGCUACGAUUGCAAGGAUACAGGGGAAACAAAUAACAUAUUGUAAGCCAGGACCAAAUCUUUCGAGGAGUGAUGUCUUUGAGUGCUGGUAGCCUGAACGAAGCCUCUUAAAGAUAGUGAAUAGCUUCAGUGGACGGUGAGCACCCCUCAGUCUUCCGAGAGACUGGCCCCUGCAAGUCACUUGCCAGGCAUUUAAAGGCUUUAUUUUUCACUGUAUUCCCCUGUUUCAAAGUUCCUAUUGCUAUGAUUUAAGUGCAGUGGGGGAGAAAGAGCAAACUACAAAGAGCCCUUGCAGAUACUUUCAGACAGCUCCAAGUUUAGAGUCAUUUUGUGAUUCUGCACGCACACCCCUAAGCUAAACCUCAAUUCACCAGCUGGCAUAGCUGAGGUUGGGUGUUAAGCUCAGGUCCUGGGACAGUGUUUACAGAUCUCUGCUUACUUAAGAUCUCUGGACUGUGGACAACAAUGUUUUCCUACCAUGUCUUGCUUCUUAGCAAGGCUGUUGGUGAUGUCCCGCAUGCCUUGCUGAAGACAACAGGCAGCUCUUUGGAUUUGCAUCUUCAGCUGGGUGGCCUCUUAGGUCCUUAUUCCUGGGCUGCACCAGGUGAGGAAUUGGUCUUCUCUAAUGCCCAUGAGGCUGCUUGUCCUCAACCUGUCUGGAAAAAACAGUCACUUCAGCUUACUGGGCAUAGCAAAACCACUCUUGGCUCUUGCCCUGCUUGGAGUGGCUCUGAGUUUCCCUUUGUGCUGUGGGUUUUGGUAAACUCCAUUGCCAAGGGAAACUUGACCCAAGUGGAUGCACUCCACCUCCCCUCAAAGCCCAAGCAGAACUUUGCUUUUUUGUGCAACCAACUUCCCAAGUCUCCAAACAAACUGAAAUGGAAACUUGCAUGCAUCCCAGGUUUGUUUGGAAGGUCUCUGUGCUCAGAUGCAGGUCUAAUAACAUUCAAAACUAGGGAAGCAUCAUCAAAUAAGGCUCAAAGAGGUCACUUUGACUCAUCCAUUUGUUUUCCUUGUUCUGAGUCCAGCAGGGACUCAAUAAUUCCUUGCUCAGGUGCUUGCUAGUCAGAUCAGUGCCACAGUCACUGGAAAAGCUGCAGGCAUUUUGCUGUCUCCCUGCCCAGUGUUAUUCUACAUUCCUUUUCUGAUUCCUUCAAUACCAAGUGCUCUAAGCUUUCUAUGAGAUCCUGGGCACCCUGGAGUCAGGAACUUUACCCUCCUUCUGAGCAGUGGGAGUUAAGCAAGUUAAAUGUCUUAAUGAUGUACAUCCCCAUGAGAAAGGGCCAUCCUUUGGGAAUUUGGGAGGAAAGCAUUUGGAAGCAUGUUAUAUUUUAAUACAGCUAACCCAAAUAAAUAAAUAAAUGAGCUGUGCAGCAUCUGGAAGAAAUAGUGGGAGGAAUUCUCUGUACAAUAUUAGAAAUAAGCAGCUCUUGACAUAACUCCUCCUGAGCCUGCCAAGUAAGAAUGCAGCUUCUUGAAACAACACAUAAGCCUUUACUCAUGUCUCAGUGUCAGCUCCUGUGCUGAGUACCUGCUGGCUUGCAAAGGGAAAUGGCUUGAGAUAAGGUUAGCUUUUACAGGGUAGGGCCUUGAAAGGACACCUUGAUUAUUGCUGAGAAAUCACUGUUUAUUCAUCUCUCAUUCAGCAUUAAGUCCCCGAUGUCAAGAGAAUUUCAGUCUUCUGUGUCUGUUAUUUCUGCAUGAAUGAGGUUUCUCUCCUCCUGCAAGCCGUGUCUGCAGCUGGAACAUUAUCAGAAAAUUGUCAAAAGUAAAAUCUGAUCCUUGGAGCUCUUGCAAUACUGCUGCCUUGCACACUCCUGCAAGCAGAAAGCAACCUCAGAGGGUAAAUGCACUUCGCAUCUAUACAUGGCCAGGAUGCUAAUCAAGCAGUGCCACUGUAAAUACAGGUGGAGCUCAAAGUGGAAGAGGAAAGCAGAUGGACCUAAGUCUGUGUUUUGUGAGGCAGAACAAGCCACCUCAUUUCCCCCUGUUCACAAUGCAUUAACAUUAUUAUGUAAUAUCAGUACACCUGGAAUCCAAAGUGCCCAUUUCCAGACCCUGCUACCUUGUAGGGUGCAAAGUAAAACCUGUAAAAGUAAGAAUCAUGUCUUUGGGCAUAUUUUGGCAGUAUGGAAUCAGACAACACCAGCUUGAUGGAUCUAUACAAGAAAACAAGAAAGGUGUAAAAGACCUGCUAAAUCAGCAUCUUUUUUCUCCUGUAAUAACUAAGAACACUUCAGCUGAAGAAAAUAGUUCUUCAUUCUGCCUCACGAAUGCUGCAUAGGAAAGCUACAGAAUGUCCCAGACAGGUUAAAAUUAGAGAAGAAUACAAAUCAAAUCCCUGGAACCAAAACCUUAUUUACUUCCAAAAGCAUGCACUCAUGGACAGCAAACCUAUAGCCUCAUCCUAUUUUCAGUUUAAAUAAGAAACCCACCCCACUCUUAAAGCUCUUCUCAGAUUUUCUUUUCAGUAAAGUCUAGAAUUUGAAACAAAAAGUGUUGAAACACUAUGAAAAAAAUCUUCUCAUGGUACUUCCAGCCAAGACCAGCAGCAGAAAAGCUGGAAAUCUCAUAAGAAAGUCACAUGAGACUGGUGGCCGAGGUUUUCAGUCUCCUGAGGUUCAAAUACGUGGGACAUUUGUUGCAACAAAACCUGAACUCUGGAACCUUUGGAAAAACACCCGUUAAAUUGAGCAAGACCAGCAAGAUUGAAGAUCUUCACUGCACACGCUUGGGGCCCAGCCCUAGCUAUACACUUACUUUAUAACUUGAACCAACAGGGUCAUUUGUGCCAUCUCUCCUUUGGGGCUGGGAGAUUUACAAAGGGUCUCUUCAGUCAUUUUAAACCUGUUGAUGUUUCAUGGUGUCAGGUAAGGGGUUGUUGUGAAGCUGUGCAUAGGCUGGCACAAAUGUGUUAGUUGUCCAAUUCCCAAUAAAUCCUGAUGUAGCAAUAUAAUCUGAAUCUGAAAGAUGAAGAGAGAAGUAAGUCAGCAUGCUGGUGGCAAUGUCUGGUUAGGCAUGAUAGUCACUUUUGGAGCACAGUACUCCUGCCUCUGAGAGACAAAGGGUAGAAUAAUGAAGUCUUGAUGUCAUCUUCAUCCUUUCUGUCACCAAACAGAUGCUAAAAGACCUCUCCCUGCGCAGUGACUCUAAAAAGCCCCCAGAGCUCAGCAUCAGGCAAGGCUGGUCCCAGCCACACCGCUGCUUCUGUCACCUUUGCCAGCAAAAACAAACACAAUUUGUUUGGCUCACUCAGAGAAUUUCUGCAUGAAAACCGCCCUGUUCCCUUACUGCAAGCAGGGUCAUAGGCACUUGUCAGUCUUUGGUUCCAAAAAUGUUGUAUUUUCCUUCUGUCUGCUGCAGCAUUUCGCCUGCAUGUUGUACCAGUUUGGCUGCCAGUGGUUUUUAAAGGGGUUUCUUGGAAUGGGCACUGCAUUUUCUGAACAUGGUAUUCUGAUGUCAGGGAAAAUGUGCUGGUUUUAAAGGCCCGCUGCUUAUUGUGCAACAUGUUUGAACAGUCAUGCUGGUCGUCUUCUUGAACAAAAUUGAAUGUAUAUGAAAUACUGCUGGUGAACAAAUAAAUUAU